CUGAUGAAGUUUAAGAGUGGGAAUAAUGACAAUACCGAAAGAAAACGGGGGAUUUUGGUGAUGUACGACAGCGCUAGCUGUUCGUACUCGGGGGCGCUGGACUUGAAGGGUGCCUCAGGAACGACCGGUCCAACAGCCACUGGAGUGAGUGUCUCAUCACCAGGAGUAAAACAGGAAAAUUGGCCGUACAGAGGACUCGCGUGUGGCAGUACCUUCCAGCAGCUGAAGCAGAGCGUCGAGAAAGCAAAACAAGCACUCGCCGACCGCGGCGGUUAUCUAACUGGAGCUUUUUCUCCGCCUCCACGUGUCAACCCCUCGACCAUCUCGCCGACUGCUGCCAUCACUGAUGCAAGCAGUUCCUACAAAGGUGGCUGGAGCCACGCCACUUCACCGGGUCCCGGGCAGGGCUAUGGAAGUGGAUUGUCCAAAUCUGCUCUUGACACACAUUCACAUUUACGACAACCUGAUCCAUAUCAAAUGUUCGGCGCGACCAGCAGCAGACUCGCGUCCUCAGGCUCCGGGCAAAUCCAGCUCUGGCAAUUUCUUCUAGAGCUUCUCUCAGACUCGAGCAACGCGGCCUGCAUCACCUGGGAGGGCACCAACGGGGAGUUCAAGCUCACAGAUCCUGACGAGGUCGCGAGACGUUGGGGCGAGCGCAAGUCCAAGCCUAAUAUGAACUACGACAAAUUAUCUCGAGCACUCAGGUACUACUACGACAAAAACAUAAUGACAAAGGUGCACGGCAAGAGGUACGCCUACAAAUUCGACUUCCAGGGACUCGCGGCAGCCACGCAGCCCGCGGCGGCCGACCCCGCGGCGUACAAGUACCAGAGUGAGCUCUUCAUGUCGGGGUACGGGCACGCGAAGCUGAAUCUGAUGCCGCCACCAGCAGCCUCUGUGUCGGUCUCGGUCCCUGGUGGUCUUUUCCAGUCGGCCUCCAGCUACUGGAGCAGCCCCAGCGCAAAUCUGUACGCGGGGCACCACACUGCGUCGGGGCACGUGCCUCCGCAUCUCGGCACUUACCCUCAUUACGCAUGA